AGCGAACGUGUUUCUCUUGGUCUUCAACUCCACGUCGCAUCCCGCUCUCAUCGACAGCUGUCGUGGUCUUGGCGCCUCUAAACAACCUUCCUCACUCGAAGACCUACAGCGGGGUUCCCAAUUAGACGCCCUCCCGUCCUGGCCUACCUUACUCCCGACUCCCCCAUGUACCUUGCCUUGCCCUCUCGGCUCUCGCAUGGCCAUCUGCCGCUGCUGCUGCUGCUGCACUGCACUGCAACGGAGAAUCUAAACGCAGAUCUCUUCCAGGGCAAAUGUCGGUUCUUGGAUGCUGUUGGUCACCGCCAUGUGAUGCCCUCGCUAAUUUGUUUCCAGCUGCGGCUCAGCGGCACCAAAAAUGUUUUGACGUACGGGAGCGAAGGAUGAGGAGGAACCAUUCUCGACACCCUGCGCGCGUGUCUGCGGGCGUUCGACCAGCCUUACCGAAGCCACUGACCAGGUACACCUAUCUGUACGCUGGUAUCCUUAUUCUGCAUACGAGGUCUGAAUUCCAACGUCACUUCCUCCAAAUGGCUUCUAGUGGUGGUUGUGUCGGGCUCUCCGGAAAGGCACUCGAACCUUUUACUUUGCCCGAAUCAUACGCUCUCUUUCGGGACUCCGCCAAGCAAUUUGUCGGUCUGCACUCGGUGUGUUAAAUCUCGCUCUCGCCAUCCCCACUUGACCAGCGACCGUCAUCGCGCGCGCCACACCCGCUUCCAUCAAAAGCGAGGCGUUGCGCAUUUUGCUGCCCUCGCUGUGCCUCAUUUGAAAGCCAUUGAGCUGAUCAUGAUGCAAGGCUAUCGAUUUGUUCCAUCAUGCCAUCUCAGCCUUUCCCCGGAUUCGAUACGUAUAUACGUAUCGUGAGUGUGCCCCUCCUGUUCAGCCUGGCAGUGGACAGGGUCUCCAGGGUCUAAGGGUACCAAUUGCGCCAUCAGCGAGCCUUCAGGCUUCAGUGCAAGUGGACGACCCAGCAUGGCGGGACAAACGUCGACGUCCUUGUCGCGUGUGCUGCGAUCGGGUGUCAUCCCCCCGGACUGGCCUGGCUUCCCUCCACCAAAUGGCCGGGUUUGGCGCUGAGCCGGCUCGAUACAAGGUGCUGAGGGAGAAAUUUCUUGGCUUGACGACUCGUCUGUCUUUCCCAUCAAGGAAUCGACCGCUUUCCUCGCAUCCCGACGACAAACAUGAAUGGUAGACUGACAGCCACCGACGAUUGUCACCGACAAGUAUCUCACCCGCGUUAAGCCGGCGCAGAGAUACUCUUACGUACGACUCGGCUUGGCUCUAACUUGGUGCGGCAGGUGGGCGGAUCAUCACUGGAGUACCCUCUGUGACAUCAGCACCUAUUCAGGGCCUCCUCAGAGCCACUUCAGAACCACUUUCCACGGGAGCUUGCAGGCCUCACGAUCCUAGUGGGCUUGGUUGUAUCAGGGAAUUGUUCAAGGUGUGCCCCCCGACCCAGUGUUGGCGCGCAGAAAGAGCCUUGGGAUUCCCUGUGCAGGACGGGGGGAGCCCCUGUCUCUUCCCCCAUCUGCUCCAGUCUCCUCCAUUUUCCUCCAUUUCUCUCCAUUCUCUCUCCAUCCAAGCGCGCCCACUUGGCUCACUUUUCAAACGCUCACUCGCUCGCUUUGCGACCGCCAACCGUGUCGUCCUCCACCGUCGUCGGGAUCAAGACGGCAAGACGGAAGAUUGAGAGACUCCACGACUCGCACCGGGCGAACCAACGGUCUGCAUUUGCGUGGAGAGCAUGCGGCGCUAGUCGGGCAACUGGGACCACAGCACUACGUCAUUACGCAUUAUGUGCAUUGAGCAGGUCGAGGAUGAGGACUGAUGGAGAAAUGGAUCAUUUCUUUGCUGUCUCAGAGGUUGACGAUUUUUUCGUGCUGCCGCCUCUAGGCAUUCGGUCCCUGAUUGUUUCCCCUCGACACGACGAGGAUCAUUAGACAUGGAGCGCAAGCCGCAACCACAAAGCGCAACAACGUGGAGCGUUGGAGCCUCAUCCGACGCCUCGCGGCUUCACGGCUCCUCGGGGUCAUCCCUUUCGGCGCCGACGGGAGAGGGGAAAAGAGGAGAGUUUCUGAGGAGAAACCUGGAAGAGAGCGUUGACAAGGUCUCAAUUCUCAAAGUACCUACACAUUUCCAACGAGUACGGAUAGCUUGAUUAUUCGUACAUCGCCCCCAACCCACCCGUGCGGGACAACACACAUGCGCAAGAAGCCGCGAAGAACACACGAAGAAUAAUGCCUCCAUGGGUUCCUAGCGUCAGCUAGCGGACAGCCAAACCUUGACCACUUGUCGAACCGCGGCACUGUAGUGCGGGAAAAGGAUUUGCAAAGUCUCAAUGUCUCGCCAUCCCGCCGCCACUCUCCAGGGAACUCUCAGGCCUAAUCCAAGUCGUGCGACACACAGGCGCGGAGCAAAGUCCUAAGGCGCGCGGACCAAUGUCCAGAGGGCCGCAGCCCAAUCGGCUGAUGAUUAGGGAUACAAGGCAGAGGAAAUGCAAAUGCAAAUGCAAAUGCAAAUGCAAGACAGGCUGACAGGCUAGAGCCCAAAGUACCGCCGAUAAAUCCCAUUUACCUUGGGUCGGGUGUUCCAACGAUGGGCUCAAUAUGCUUUAGAGCUGCGGUCGAUAGCGCGGGACAAAUUACCGCAACCAGGCCCAGAGCCGACACCGUCUGGCUCUACACGCGCUCUUACAGGCUCACAUGUUCGGCCUGGGUCUUGGCACCACACCAGAUACGGCUGUUGCGAGCGAUGCGAUGCUUGAAUGCUUCGAUACGGCUGACGCUGGCCACAUGCCAGGCACCUCAGCUCUAUCUUCUCGGCCUUGCCUUGCACGGCGUUGCGUUGCCCUUCACUGUGCCGCAGGACGUCGUCCGUAAGCGAGAGAGAGAGCGCCCAUGCCAUGCUACCCGCGCUGACUGCCCGGCAAGUCUUGGGAGGUCAGAGAGUGUGGGCAACAAGAUUGCUGUGGCACCGGUCGAAUCCACCGGGGACCCCGAGUCAGACCAAAGAGGCCGCGAGAGAUAAACAGACGCAAGUUGAGGGAACCUACGCUAAGAAACCCUUCAUCGACAUUGUGCGAGCCCGCCCACGCCCAACAGUGCACACGGCGCCUGUAUCCUGUAUGGGCAGAUAGGUACAGGGACAGCACUGAUAGGACGAGACAUGCGACUACAUACGGACGGACAAGGGGCUGAGAGGGGGGCAAAGGACAUGGGCAUGGGCAUGGUGGGUGUCGAAGGUACACUACAACUCUUUGGGAGUUUGGUCCCGCAGCCCACGUCCACGUCCAAUGAGAUGGACGUCAUUCACCCAUCCCGGCGAACGCGACACCAAGGAGUGAGAGAGGAACCGACUGAUAGCCCAGUACGGGACGGCACUGACUGGAAGUUGUACAGUGAGGAGUGAGGAGGAAGAGUGAGGACUGCCUCAACUCAAUCGAGACCUUCCCUGCCGGCUGUUCUGGCUGUCAAUCUGUCUCCGGCAGCCUGUCUGUCUGAUUUGUCUCGUUUGUCUAUUUUUUCGACCCUUGCCGAUUUUUGCCUCUUUUUCUUUUCCUCCUUCCUUUUAAACUCUUCGUCUUCCCAUCUCCUCGGCUCUGGAAUACUUCAAUUCCAGCUACACACGGCCGAUCCUCCCCCAAAAUAAACUUCCUUUCCUCUUGGCUUUCCAAAUCACAUAAGGUCUUCAUUGUCCCUCAUGUCAAUUGGAAGAGUCGUCUCACCUUUUUAACCUUUCUCUCCUUUCCGGUCCUCCCUCUCAUCGCCUCGGAGCCCGAUUUUGGCUUGCUACUCGACAGAUAGUGUGGUCAAACAACACCAAGGGCAUUCAUCAUGGCGCAUGUGCUCUCGCAAGACCCCGGUGCUCGCGAGCACGAUCUCGGCUUCAACAAGGGCGAUAUCAAGGAUGGCUACACUACCCGACCCUCCCGUUCCGACGAUGGCGGUGCCGACAACAUGCUCGAGUCUCUGGGUUACAAGCCCGAGCUCGAGCGUAAUCGCUCAACGCUGCAGGUCGCCUUCAUGUCCUUCGUCCUCGCUGCCAUCCCCUACGGUCUUGCCACUACCAUGAUCUACCCCUUGGCUGGCGGUGGUCCUGUGAACAUUAUCUGGGGAUGGCUCGGCGUGUCUUUGAUCAUUAUCUGUGUCGCUGCCUCGCUUGGUGAAAUCACCAGUGUCUACCCUACUGCCGGAGGUGUCUACUACCAAGCUUUCAUGCUGUCCUCUCCCAAAUACCGCCGCGUAGCCAGCUGGAUUUGCGGCUGGUUGUACGUUGUGGGAAACAUUACCAUUACUCUGGCCGUGAACUUUGGAACUGCUCUGUUCAUCGUCGCAUGCGUCAACGUUUUCGAGUCGGAACCUGGUGUCGGCGUCCUUGCUGGCGAGCCGUACCAGGUUUUCCUCAUCUUCCUGGGUUUGACCUUAAUUUGCAACAUUGUGUCCUCGCUCGGCAACAAGUGGCUGCCCAUCCUUGAUUCCGCCGCUAUCUUCUGGACAUUCGCUGGUGUCUUCGCCAUCAUCAUCUCCGUCCUCGUCGUUGCCAAGAACGGCCGUCACGAUGCCAAAUACGUCUUCACCCACUUCGAGGCCAACUCCGGAUGGCCCGAUGGAUGGUCUUUCUGCGUCGGUCUCCUUCACGCCGGAUACGCCACUUCGUCCACUGGCAUGGUUAUCUCCAUGUGCGAGGAGGUCAAGAAGCCCGCUACUCAGGUCCCCAAGGCACUCGUUCUCACCGUCUGCCUCAACACCCUGGCCGGUCUCCUGUUCCUCAUCCCUCUCGUUUUCGUGCUCCCCGACAUCACCUACUUGAUCAACCUGGCUUCCGGUCAGCCCGUCCCCGCCAUCGUCAAGGACGCCAUGGGAACAUCUGGCGGUGCCUUUGGACUCCUCUUUCCUCUCAUCGUCCUGGCCAUCCUUUGCGGUAUCGGCUGCACCACCGCCGCCUCUCGUUGCACCUGGGCCUUCGCUCGUGACGGUGCCAUCCCUGGUUCCCGCUGGUGGAAGGAGGUCCACCCCAAGCUGGACGUUCCCCUGAACGCCAUGAUGCUCAGCAUGGUUGUCCAGAUCAUUCUCGGUGUCAUCUACUUCGGCUCCAGCGCUGCCUUCAACGCCUUCUCCGGUGUUGGUGUCAUUUGCUUGACUGCCUCGUACGCCAUUCCCAUUGGUAUCAGUCUCUUCAACGGCCGCACCCACCUUGUCGGCAGCCCCUUCAACCUCGGCAAGUUCGGUGUCGCCGCCAACGUCAUCUCUCUCGCCUGGUCUGCUCUUGCCAUGCCCUUGUUCUGCAUGCCCACCUUCGUUCCCGUCACCCCCACGACUAUCAACUACGCGCCUGCCGUCUUCGUCGCCGCCUGCCUCAUUUCCGGCGGAUGGUACUUUGCCUGGGGCAAGAAGAACUACGCCGGCCCCCCUACCAACGAGGAGCCUGCUUUCUAAGCUCUCUACACAAUUGAGCUCCAGGAUGUCUGCGACGACCAAAGACCGAAAUGUUUUUGGGCUUUCCAGCAUCUUUGGGUCGAAAAAAUUAAAGUAUCGACAAUAUACACUUGGCAACAGUGUGCAUCCGUAUGGGUCUCCUGUGACACUUGGAAACAGUGAAUUGGGAGCAAUCCAUUGGCAACAUUUUGCUAAGAGGCGCCUAUGGAUUAUGGCGCAUCGGGCAAGGAUACGAGCAAAAAAAGAGAGAGAGAAACGAAGGCGGUCAUGUACAUAGGAAUGAUACCCCCAGUGCUUGAAUUCAAAUUUUC